UUUUACCUUCCGGUUGAAUGACUUUAGUUAUGUCAUCAAGUGAUGACAUGCAAUCGGGUUUUGCCCUUCGGGUUGGCCUAUUUAGUUCUUAUUCUGCCUCGUACUACAGUCUUUUUUUCGAUUGGGGCCCACACCAGGUUGCUCUUUUAACCAUUAGUGGGGUCCAUGUUGACUGGCUCUGAUGGACUCAAAAAUCUAACCUAAGUGUCAAUCCGGGCACUGCUUAGGAGCCUAGGCCACGGUCCAAUGAAGUCCUGUUCCUAUUGGUUUGGUGCUAUUUACCGGUUUAUAAGUACUGCUGUGAGAACCAGAGGACAGGAGAGGGCAUGUUCCCCACACUAACCUUCUCCCCUGCCUUGAGUUUCUGCCCUAUACCUUUACCGCUAGUCCCUCUCAUGAGAAACAUAGAUUAGCAUUCCUAAAAUUUUAGAGAAUUGUUAGAAAACAAGAGGCCUUACCAACCCAUUGUGAAGGAAGCCUCGGAAGGAUGGAUCAAAGAAUCAGGUCCAGAGAAUCAUCAAUCUUUGAUACAAAUGUUUUAUGGUCAUAAAACAAGCAACAAGGGUGUUCAUUGAUACAGAGUAAACACGCCUAAUCUACACAAGCAAAACAUAAGUUCCUUUUUCUCAACAUCAUCACAAUAAAAUUUGUUUUUAAAUGAACAAUUUCUCAAUCACACAGGCAUUAUGCUAAGCAGUUAUAACUGUUUUCAGACUGAACAUCCUGUUCAUUUUAAGAAAUAGGAAAGGGCCCGUGUCUGCUUCACCUACACAUGCAGCCAUCUUCCCUUUUUUUGCGGAUGCUCAGGUAUUUAGCAAGCUCAACUCUUUUGUCUCAGUCCUUAAGUCAAGUCCUUUUUUUCUCUUUUAAUGAGCUUUUAUAUGGUCAGUGUGGGCUGUUAAUGAUCGGAUGUUCAAGGAGAUUAUUUCGAUAAUUGAAGUUUGCUGUGGUUUGUUGAUGUCACUGUAUUCUAAUCUAGCCAGUUCACCAUCUGUAUCUGGCCAUGGCUUAAUUUGUUUUUUAGGAAGAGUCUCUAGUAUGAAGAGUUGUGACAAGCAUUGUACUCACGAGAGCAUUACAUAUAUCAUUGCAGGCUGAAGUCAACAGUCUAAGUCAAGGAUCAGGACCAGGAUCUGGCUUUUUAACUGCGUGACCUUGAAUUUUUUCUGCUGGGUGUGCUGACAACAUGCGCCCAGAUAGAGAUGAAGAGGGUUGUUGGAGACAAUGCCACGCUGCCCUGCCACCAUCAGUUCUGGGUGGGUGAUGACCCCACUCUGGACAUUGAGUGGCUGCUUCUCAAGCCAACCAACAAGCAGAGAGUGGUGAUUACCUACUUCGCUGGACGGGUUUUUGACCCCAAUGAAGCAGAGCGUGGCCGUGUAGCCUUCGCUGGAGAGUACUUAAAAGGCGAUGCCUCUCUGCUGAUCAGUGACUUGUCUCUGACAGACUCAGGAGAGUACAGCUGCAAAGUCAAGACUGGUGCACAAUACCACUGGAGCACCAUCAGCCUCAUAGUGCUGGUGAAGCCAUCCAAGCCGCAGUGCUUAAUGGAGGGCAAACUUUCAGAGGGUGGUGAUGUAAAGAUGAGCUGCAAGUCUGCUGAUGGCUCUGAUCCCAUCCACUACAAAUGGGAGAGGGUACUGGACAAGGGCAAGUAUGUUGGCAAGCUGCCUCCACUGGCCCUGACCGAUUUGAAAAAUCCAGAGAUUGUGACGUUAAGAAACUUGACCAAGGACAGCACUGGAGUGUACAAAUGCACAGCCAGCAACGAUGUGGGAGAAGAGAGCUGCACAGUGGAGGUCAAGAUGCACUAUAUCAGGGGGAUGGGUGUGGUAGCAGGGGCAGUGGUUGGUGUGUCCUUCGGCGUCCUUGUCAUCAUCCUCAUCAUCUGGAUGGUGUUCCGCAAAAAGGAGAUGAAAAAAUAUGAAGAAGAAGAGACCCCAAAUGAAAUCAGGGAGGAUGCAGAGGCUCCCAAAGCCAAACUGGUAAAGCCCAACUCCCUCUCCUCGUCCCGCUCUGGUAGUUCUCGCUCAGGCACCUCCUCCACCCAGUCCAUGGUGCACAACAUGCUGCCUCGAGGCCAACGAGCCAGUGUUCCUGCUGUGGCGGUCCUGAAGGAAAACUGUCAAGCCUCCACCUUCCCUCAAUCUCCACCUGGCUACAAUCAGACAGUUCCCAAGACUCCUGAACCCCGUACUACACCCACCUCCACGUCUACCUCCAACUCCAAGCCCAUCCCUCCCCCUAAACUGAGUCCUGGGAACCUAACCCGCAUGGGGGCCACUCCUGUUAUGAUCCCUGCCCAAACCAAGGCCUUCCAGACUGUGUAGAAGAGAUGUAAUCACACAGAGGACAAGACCAAGGCAGCCUCAGGACAUGGCAACCAGAGAACCCAAGAGUUAGACUAUGAAAAAGAUCCAGUUAUAUAAUCUAGAUCAAUUCUCACCAUUCACAAUCCAAUGGAUAGUUUCAGCAAUUUAACUCUUGGAGAAUCUCUGCUUUACACUAACAAUAUAGGAACAAGCUUCUUCUGGUGUUGUUUAUUGACACACUGUCACCUGAGCAACAUCUGUGAUGAAGGUAGUGUUUUAUGGACUGAUUCUGAAAGACAAGGAGGUGUUGAAACUAAAGCAGCAGUUGGUUGCUUAUGGAAGAAGAGGAUUGCAUGAACCAGGGAGUGAAUGGGAUGAGGUGAAGUUGAAAGUGUGAGCCAAAUAAAAUUGAUAAAAUGAGGAAAUUACAUGGUAAAUGGACUGUACUUGUAUAGCGCCUUUCUAGUCUUCUGACCACUCAAAGCGCUUUACACUACAUGUCGCAUUCACCCCAUUCGACACACUGAUGGCAGAGGCAUGCAAGGUGCCAUCUGUUCAUCAGAAAGAAACUAAGCAUUCACAUACACAUCGAUGGCACAGCCUUUGGGAGCAAUUUGGAGUUCAGUAUCUUGCCCAAAGACACUUCAACAUGCAGGCUGGGGAAGACGAGGAUCGAACCGCUCUACCUCUAAGCCACAGCCAACUUCUUCUCAGUCAACAGACUGCUCACAGAUACAGCUGAAGAGGUUAGAGUAGUUCAUAAGGGAAUAGGAAAAAAGGAACAUUCACAUCUUCAACAGUAUGUUUUUAACAAUCUAACAAUCUUGAACACCUUCCUAUAUGCAGUCCGCCACUUUACACCUGUGCACAAAUUAACAUACUCUGCACUUAUGACUGAACUGAUCAAAGUAGUUUAACUAUACAGUAGGUUGUUACAGUAUAUAAACAUGAUGAAUGGCUCUGACUGUAUAAACAGACUUCAUGUGGACACUUUAUAUAUCUAUCAAUACCUGUGUCACACACUGUAACAUGGACAUUAUAUUGAAUCCCUUUGUCUCUGCUUCCUCUGUGCCACCUGAAAAAUUUUCAGUAGUUUAAAAGUGGAUUCAUAGAGAACACUUCAUGUUCAUACUGUUCAUACCUGACAUAUUAAGGUUCAAAGAGAGUUCAGAGAAGCAUGUGAGAUUUCAUUUACAGGAUCAUGGAGCACUGAUAUUUUUGAAGAUUGUUACAGGGUUUUGCAGAGGCCCUAUUGAGAAAGUGCCACAUUGUGAUGGUUUACAUUUUGUUUCUUUUAUCCUGUUUUCGGUGUAGUAUACCUUCUUUUUUAAUCCAAGAAUGAAAAACUGUAUGAAUGUUAAUGCUAAAUGAAAUGUGUUAUGUACAGUGUUUUUUUCCUCAGCAAUAAGUCAGUCUCCCGUGUUAAAAUGUUUGUUUAGAAUUUAAAUGAAUUUUAUGCCUCAUUGAAUCACUUGUAAAGAGA